CAGGCCUCACAGAGGUCCACACACGAGCACACACAACUGGCCUCUACAGUACAAAUCGAGCUCCCACGCCGGGCUUCGAUCUGCCACUGAGCCACCAUGGUGUCUUUCUGGCCCUGGAAGGGCAGCGAAGAUGCCGCAUCUUUUGAGCGAACACUCAACGCCCUCACUGGCAAGAUCAACAGAGCCGCCGCGCGAAAUGACAAACAGAAACAGCUUGCGCGCCGCGCGCGUGUCAUGUGGACGUUGUAUGCUGGCUUUGCAUAUAUUCUGAUCGCCGUUGUCCUCACUUUUGUCACUGGCUGGCAGAAUUGGGGUCCUAUUGAGGGGUCUGUUGUCGCGGGCGGCCCACUACUCAUCUACGGUCUACGCUACGCGCUCAUGAGCUACUUUGACUACCGCAUUCGCAACACGGAGCAUUACCUCGAAAAGUUGGACAGGGAGCGCGACGCCACUAUUGAGCGCCUAAAGGAGGCUACAAAGUACAACUCGACGCAGCAACUGCUGGAGAAAUACGGCGGUGCUUCGCCAAAGCCAAAAGAGUUGGUUCAGGAUGAAGAUGACUCUCCUGCCCGCAGCAGGUCAAGGGGACCCCAGAAGCCGCUACCGCCGCCAGGUCCACGCACUGGCAUAGCUCCUCCGCCUACUGCAAACAUCCACCGACCUCAACCUCCCCAGCUUCCGACAACUCCGCAACAGGUGCCUUCAAUUGUGACGCCUCCACCUCCACCGUCGCUGCCUCCCCUCACUGCUCCCGGUGCUAAAUUUGCUCCCAAUGCCUUUGAAUCUCAUCUGAACAAGCCGCAGCAGGAGCCUGCCCCCCAACCCCCCACGGUCCCCGAAACCCACUGGUACGACCGUAUUCUCGAUGCCCUGCUCGGAGAAGACGAGACCCAGGCUAAGAACCGCUUCGCCCUAAUCUGCACAGAAUGCCGCCUCGUCAACGGCCAAGCACCCCCCGGCGCGCGUACACUAGAAGACGUCGGCCGCUGGCGCUGCGGCGGCUGCAGUGCUUGGAACGGCAAAGAAAAAGUCCGUGAAGACGACGUCACGCGCCUCGUCAAGGGCUGGGAGGCGGAACGCCGUGCGAAAAGCGAGGCACAUCUCCGCACGCAGAGUCCUGACGGGGGUAUCGAUUCCGAUAAUAGAGAGACGGAAGAUGAUGGGAUUAUGAUUGGGGCUGGUGAGGGGCUGGGCGUUCAUGUUCCCACGGAGAGUACGGAGGAUGAUGAUGCUCCAAGGGCUAGGGUUACAAGGAGUAAGUCGAGAGGUAAGGUGAGGAAGUGAGAUUUGCAGCAAACGGGCAUGAUGGGUUUUUCUCUUUAUUUGUUUUUUUCUGUCAAAAAUGGUGGGGGAUCGAUUGCAAGACUAGCAAGCAAAAGGCAGGUUUUAUAAGCUUUUUCUGGCUUUUUUCUAGAGGGUUGCGCACCCGGUGGUUAGUCUAGCCUAGCAGUCUCCCCCUUUCCCUCGUCCUUUGUUGUUUUGUAAAAUUAUGAAAGUUUCUCUCAUCGAAAAUAGGUGAGAUCCCUACUGAGACUCCAGUUUUUGUUUUUUGUUUUUUUGCUUCUUAUUCUGCAUGCCCAUGUGUAUGAAUUUUCUGUACAUUUUCCCGGUUGGAAUUAGAUCCUUUCCCCCUUUUCCUUCCCCCCCUUUUCUAUACCAAAAUAAAUAAAUAAUCGAAGAAACAAAGGAAACCUACUUGAACCUGUCAUCGUCCAAUAAAUACCCCUCGAACCGUAGAAAUUUACUAGUUAACCUGACAGCCAAUUACU